GCGUGAUUUUUUUCUUUUUCGCGUAACAGCGAGUUUCGCGCCAAAGUUGCGCAGGCCAUGCUUCGCCGGUGGUCAGCCGUUCGGCACCAAUGAAGAUUUUGUGGUAACGCACUCACCAGCAGCCCCCCGGUGCAAAACAGAGUGGCCAUGUUGUCAACAGAGCUGGCACAGCAGCCAAAGCUGUCCACUGCACACGAGCAGAGGAAGCUGCUUGGGUCCCUCCUGGAGGCGGAAGCCAUCAAAAAUGUCGACGAGUUCAGGAAUGCCCCAAUGGCCAGCAGUGAGCGGCUUCUCUCUGGCCUUGUGGAGCUGCUGCGUUUUUCAAAAGAUGCCACUGUGCUGACCAGUGGAGCUGAUAUCUUGGCAGCUGGUGCCCAGAGUAAGGACUUCAGCUCAAAUACCAAGUGUCUCCAGUUGUGGCUGCGUGCAGCCAAGGACCUGGUGGCGAAAGAAGAAGCUGGUGUGGAUGCACGCCGUGCCAUCAUACAGUGUCUGCAUGCGCUGACACCCAGCGGUGCAAGCAUGUCCGACUGGUGCCAAGUUGGGCUUCAGUGCCUUCUCUACCCCGAAGUGCGCAUGGAGGCAUAUGCUGCCCUCUGCAGCCAGCGUAAGGCGGCCCUGACCCCGCCCCGCCGGGGUGUGGACGCUCCUGCAUACGGGGCCAUAAAGGACUGCAUUGGACCUCAGCUGAGCCACUGGAUGGAUGGCUCCCAGGGUUGUGCUGCACUUCAGGUCUGGACUCUGAUUGUCCAGUGGAUGGGUGAGUAUCUGCCCCGAAAUGCUGCCUCGGUGAAUGUGCUGCUGCGGGUGGCCAGCAAAGGUUUUGCUGCCUCGUCACGGCCAGAACUACAGCGCCAAGCCCUGGAGUCGUGGCAAGCUCUCAUCUCCACCUUUAAGCCUGAGACGCUGCGGAUGAACAAGAUGCUGAACCUGGUGAUGACACCGCUGCGUCAGCGUCCUUCAGCAGACCCCCUUGCCAGACUGGCCCUGGUGCGCACCCUAUGGCACUUGGCUGUUAUGCUAGGGCCACAGCAUCUGGCCGCCUGUUUCCAGCAGGUGGGCGUGCCAAUGGUCAAGACCCUGGUUGGAUUUCUCACCGAGCCAAACACUGUCCUCGAAAACAAGCAUGACCAAGACAACCUUCGGCGGGAGUGCUGUUACGUGCUGCUCAGGCUGCUCCAACUUCCUCUGGAGGGUGCCUGGAAAACUACCAUGGAUAGCGUGCCUCUGCCUCCUCUGGAAAGUUCUUUGGACACUGGCUUCCUGGGACGCCAUCUGGAGAUUUUAGAACCAGCUUGUCGUGCAGCCAUUGGCUUCAUCCAACAGUGUACAGAUUACGCACCUGAUCUUGGCUGUCUGCUGAUGCACCUGCUGCUCAGACAUGCUGCGGAGUCCCAUGCAGCCGACACUGUGCCCGCUGCUGCAGCCCUGCUGAAACUCGUUCUGGAUGGCCUCUCCGACUGGAUCUCGGUGGCACCACUUGCCUGCAAGACUAUUCUACUGGAGGCCAGUGAACUGCCAGAGAAGAUGCUCACCUCACACUGCUACUACUCGGGAAAACUUGGCCUGCUGCACGGCACACCGGUCCUCUCCUUGCUGAGGCUUCUGCUGCAGCCUUCGCUACUGGCUGUUUAUGGCAGCACUGAUGAGGUGAUGCAGCUGUUCCAGUGUCUGCUGACCUUGGGCCUCCAGAACCCUUCACGGCUGCACCUGGCACAGUCGGUGCUGAGUUGCCUGGAACGCUGCCCACCAGCUGCCCCUCUUGCCUCUUCCCUCUGGAUGGCACUGGCUUCCUCACUGCUCCACUUUCUGCAGUCAGGCCACGAGGUCAACCAGGGCAGUGACCUGGAACCCGACUUCUCAGCUUUAGUGGCUGCCCUCACAUUUCCCGUCCACCAUGCACUGCCCCACGUGGGGGCCAAGGUGCGCAAGACAAUGUCACGCAAAUGGCUGCAGCUGUAUCAGGCGUUCUCGUGUUCAGCUGUGCUGGUGCCCAACGUUUCCCCACAGGGAGUCUGUCACGAAGUCUGGCGCCGCCUGUAUGCAGGCCUCACUGACCAUCUGAAGCAGGACAUUGGUUAUGUGAAUGCAGUGUCCGAACUGCUGGCAUCUGCGAGUAGCUGCUUGCCUUCGUCCCAGUCUGCUACAAAUGGUUUGUCACCAAGCAAGUUGUCUGCCAGUCCCAAUUCUCCUCGUCGUUGGGGGUUGCGGCAACAGCGUGGCAGUGCCUUGGGUGACUUACAGCCCUAUUGUCAAGCCUUGGUGUGGGCACUGGAUGCGGUUGCCAGCCACCAGUUGCUCCCAAAUGAGUCCCGCCAGUCAGUGGCCAGCAUUGUCGGAAAGUUGGUGCGGCCAGUGCAGGACCUGCUGUCUUCACUCCAUGGUAUACCAACGCUGGUCGAAGUUGUGACACUGCUGGGGCCAGCCUUGUCCAAGCUGCUAGCAAGAGGCAGUGGCUACGCCUCGAAGAGCAGCAGUACUCUGUCGUCGUGGGAUCCGGAGGAGUACAGUACCCUCAAGGACGAGUUCACAAAGUAG